AUGUUAGUCUCCUUACCCAAUGAUGUCAUGAUCUCAGAACAAUAUGAUCUUCAGCAUGAUUAUAACGAUAUCGUGCAACCAUCCACUCAUAGCCAUAACACGACGGGAGAAGAAAUUGAAAUAGUUUUGGAUUCGAAAAUCGCUUCAUAUAUAAGAAUUAUUGGAAAUAGGUCCCGAGGCAUUUUUAUCGAUCACAUCCAUAGAGAUAUAGAAAAUGAUUGUCGUCUUCAAUCGGGUGAUCAAAUAAAGUACUGUAAUGAUAAGAACUUUGCUGGCUUAACAACGGAACAGGCUGCAUCUGUUCUUCGAUAUUCUCUCAACAAUUUUUGCUCAUUACGUCUCGUAAUUCAUCGACAUGAAAAAGCUGCCGAACUUAUGGUCUACAGACGAAGCCUUGUCUCUGUUGCCCAGGAGCAGGAGGAACAAUGGCGAAUUGCUAACAGCACUCACCGCCAGCACCCCACCGCCUCCAUGACCAUGUCUAAAUCACUGCCAGCUUUCAAUAGUUGGAGUAAUUGUCGAAAGCGUGUGUAUCAUGUCGCUCCAUCAACUACAACGGCUUUGUUGAAAACUUUCGAAAUGGAAGAAGACAGUGAACCUUUGACAGACCCCUCCACUAAAUCACGCAAGAGCUUCAACUUAUCCAAAUCGAUCCAUGCAUUCGAUACUUCGGAAAUUCGAGAGAAAGUUACAUGUCCUAUCUGUAAUAAAGAGACUCGUCUGAAAUUUCUUCACAUAUGGACUCAUAAUUGGAUGAAUUCUGCUCGUCGCCUACUGCCAUAUUCGAAAUCUGAAAGUGCACUCAAUACCACACAGUACACUCUCUUAUAA